UUCUGGUUCUGGUUUUCUAACAUGAAGAUUAAUUGGCGCUGUGUUACGGGAUCUUUCUUUGUCGUUUAGAUUCUGGCGAUAGUUCAAGUGAUGAAGAGAAAAAACAAAGAUUGCGGUUUGAAAGAAAGGGAAUAAGACAAAGAUCCAACAUUUUUAAUUUGCCAGAUACAAAAUUUGUAGAUUACUUUCGAAUAAGUAAGCCAGCGUUUAAAUUUAUCCUGUAGAAAAUAGAGCGCCUAUGAAAAUUGGGAAACGAUCAACAUUCAUCAGUAACCAACUAAAAUUAGCAACAACAUUGCGUUUUUUGGCCCAAGGAUCUUACCAACUAAGCGUUGGAAAUGAUUUGAAUUUGGUCUUAUCACAACCCGCCGUCUGUGCAAUAUUGCCUGAAACUCUUGAAGUAUUGGAGAGAAUAAUUUGCCCAAUGUUUAUAAAUUUCGAAAUGUCUGAACUAGAAAAAACUGAAGCAAAACAGUAUUUUUUUGAGAAAACGGGAUUUCCUGGCAUCAUUGGCUGCGUAGAUGGGACACAUAUAAAAGUUUCUGCGCCAAAUAAGGUCUUUAUUCCAACCGAAAGGGAUUUUUCAGCUUAAAUGCAAUGAUUAUUUGUUUUUAUGCGAGAUAUGCAGGUUCGUCUCACGACUCCCUUAUCUGGAAUAUAAGUUCUGCCAAACGCAUUUUAUGUGAACGUGACAAUGCUGGUGAGGGCAACUCUUGGCUAUUAGAUAAUGCCGACUACCCUUUGGAACCAUAUUUAAUGACACCUUAUAGGUCCGUUUCGGAAGAAAGCGCUGAGGCAAUGUUCAACACAAAACAUGCUAAAACAAGGAAUAUUAUUGAAAGAACAAUUGGACUGCUAAAAACCCGAUUCCGUUGCUUACUUGGUGAUCGUCAGCUUCAUUAUAAGCCUGAACCAUCAACUCAAAUCGCAAACGUUUGUGCUGCCUGGCAUAACGUUUGUAUUAAAUAUAAUAUCGUAAUAUCAAAUGAUGCACCGUCGCCCACUGACAAUUUCCAUGAUAUGUUUGAUGUUGAUAUAUCCGACAACUCACAAAACAUUGAAGCUUCGCAGAUUCGUCAACAAAUAAAAGAAAGUUUUUUGUAA